ACUGGGAAACGGGAAGUGAAUCAGCGUACAAUGGGAAAGGUUGGCAAGUCCACGAAGAAGUUUCAGUCGAAGCACUUGAAGCGUACGCUCGAUCAGAGAAAGGAGGUCAAGAAGCACAGACAGCUGCUUGCUAAGCACAGAGGUAACCGGAACAAGGCUGGUGCUGGUGCUGGUGGUGGUGCCGAGGCUUCGGGUGCUUCCAAGAAGAAAGAUGAGAUCUUUGAUGACAUGGACGUCGAGCAGUUCUUCGAAGGAGGGUUUGAAGUUCCUAAGGAGAAAGGGUCGAAAGUGAAGAAGACCAAGGAGCAGGAGGAAGCGGACGAUGAGAGCUCGUCCGAUGAGGAGAUUGAAGAGCACAAGGAAGAUCUGUCCAAGCUUGCUGAGAAGGACCCGGAAUUCUACAACUACCUGAAGGAGAACGACAAGGACCUCUUGGAUUUCAACCCUACAAACCCAUUGGAUGCCAUCAGCGCUGAUGAGGGCGAUGAUGGUGAAGAACACGCUGAUGGAAAGAAGGUAGAUUCCAGUGAAAAGAUUGAGGUUACUUUGAAAAUGGUCAAGGACUGGUCGAAGAAGCUUAACGAGCCAUCUUUGAAACUGAUCAAGAACGUUUUAACUGCGUUUAAGGCUGCUGUCAAUGCCAACAAUGAUAAAGAAGAGUACAAGUACACUGUUACUGAGCCUAAGGCAUUCCAAGAGCUUUUACUCCUCGGAUUGAAGAAAGUGCCAGUUGCUAUUCAACGUCUUGUUCCAUACAAGGUGAUCAAGGGAACCAGAACCGUGCCUGUGAGCACAAAGGUGAAACAGCUCAACUCAAUCUUGAAGUCGCACGCUGGAUCUCUGAUCACAUUGCUCAACGAUAUCAACAACACAGAGACAGCUGCUUUGGUGUUGUCCUCAGUUCAAGAGCUUUUACCAUACUUCAUUUCCUUCAGAAGACUCUUGAAGGAUAUUCUCAAUGCUGUUGUCUCUGUUUGGUCAAGUACACAGGAUGUGGAAACACAGAUUGCGUCAUUUGCCUUCUUGAACAACGCUUCCCGUGAAUUCAGCAAGUCAUCAUUGGAAACGAUUUUGAAAUUAACUUACUCCUCAUUCAUUAAACAAUGUCGUCAAACCAACGUCCAUACAAUGCCAAUGAUUAACUUCCAAAAGAACUCCGCUGCUGAGCUUUUCGGAAUUGAUCAAAGCCUAUCAUAUCAAAUUGGUUUCGAUUAUAUCCGUCAAUUGGCUAUUCACUUGAGAAACAGCAUCAACAACACAAAGGAUGGUUACAAGACCAUCUACAACUGGCAGUAUACGCAUUCUCUUGACUUCUGGUCUCGUGUCUUGUCCCUCCACUGUAACCCUGACGUCGAAAUGAAGAAGGAAUCACCAUUGAGACAACUCAUCUACCCACUAGUCCAGGUCACACUGGGUGCAGCAAGAUUGAUACCAACUGCCCAAUUCUUUCCGUUGAGAUUUUACUUGAUGCGCUCUUUGAUCCGUUUAUCUCAAAAUACAGGUGUUUUCAUCCCAUUGUUCCCACUGUUACAAGAGAUCUUGAACUCCACCACUUUGACCAAGAACCCAAAGAAUGCAAACUUGCAAGCUUUUGAUUUUGACCAUAACAUCAAAGCAAACACUGCUUACUUGGGCACAAGGGUAUAUCAGCAAGGUGUGUGUGAGCAGAUUAUUGACUUAGCCAGUGAAUACCUUGUUCUGUAUUCAAAAUCGAUUUCCUUCCCCGAACUUGCAACCCCAGUUAUCAUCUCUUUGAGAAGAUACAUCAAGACCAGCAGCAAUGUCAAAUUCAACAAACAACUCUCCCAACUCGUUGACAAGUUGAACCAGAACUCCGAGUUCAUCCAACAAAAGAGAUCGACAGUCGAGUUUGGUCCAAAGAACAGGGUUGAAGUUAACAACUUCUUGAAGGACCUUUCAUGGGAGAAGACACCACUGGGUGUGUACGUUAAAGUACACAGAGAAGUUAAAGAGGAGAAGGUUAGAAUCUUGAGAGAAUCGUUAGCAGAGGAGGAAGAGGAGAGAAAGAAGAACAAAUCAAAGGAGGUGGAGUCUCUUGAUGAUGAGGACCUUGUCAUGGAAGAUGGAGACGAUGAUGAAAAGGACUACGGAAGUGAUGUCUUUGAGGAUGAUGAGGAGUGAAUCAUGUCUAAUCUACAGCCACUUUUCCAACACUGCCGGAUAGAUCAGAUGAUGGUGUAAAAGUGUGUACAUUAAAAUUAUUAACUAAAUCUGAG